AUGGCUAUUGAAGGAGGCGAACAGACCAUCCUUCGGGAUCCGGCGCUUUUCUAUUGGAUCUUGUUCCCAAUCUCAAUUGUUAUGAUCUUGACCGGAAUCCUGCGCCACUAUGCAACCGUUUUGAUGAACACGCCCCCCAAAGGCCCCUCCACCCUCCUCGAGUUACGCGAGCGACAUGCUCUCCUACGUGGUGUCAACCUCCGGAACCAUGCCUGCGCUGUCCUUGACCGAGAAUCCUUCGAGAUUCGCAAGAAUUACAUGGUUUCCGGUUUCCGGAAUGGCUCGUUCCUCAAGGACCCUAACAACCGUGGCCAGGCUCCUGCAAACCCGAUGACCGACCCCGCAGGAAUGGAGCAGAUGAUGGGCAUGCUGAAGGGAAAUAUGAUGAUGAUGAUCCCUCAGACGUUGAUCAUGAGCUGGAUCAAUGCGUUCUUUUCUGGAUUUGUCAUUUUGAAAUUGCCUUUCCCUCUUACCAUUCGCUUUAAGUCGAUGUUGCAGUCAGGUGUCAUGACUCGCGACUUGGACGUGAAGUGGGUUUCCAGCUUGUCUUGGUACUUCCUUAAUCUGUUUGGUCUACAGCCUGUCUUUGGAUUCAUCUUGGGCAGUGAUAACUCUGCCAACCAGAUGGCUCAGCAGAUGGCCCAGGCUAACCCCGCUGCUAUGAUGAACCCUAUGCAGCCUGGCCAAGACCCUGAUAAGCUGUUCUUGAGCGAAGCCGAGAACCUGGAGGUGAUGGAGCACUUCUGCAUUUUGGAUGGAGUUGAGGAGCGGGUUUUGCGAAACUUUGCCCCCGAGGUGAAUUAA